AUGCGUUCUAGCAAUGCAUCAAGCACCGGAGCCUCUAACGGUAACGGAGGGCGCCACCCUGUGUACUGCGGAGGCGUAGGAACAGUGGAAAAUGGGCUUGCUCUUAAGGGGAAGGAUGCCGAACUCAACUUCCCUGACUCUGCCUCUUCUCUUCCCGUUCCUGGUUCAUCCGCUGCUCGUGACAUUCAGAUUGCUGCGGCCAGUGCUGCAGCCGCCGUCGGAGCAGCUAAUGAUGCACUGAGUGAAGGAAGCCGAGGAGGGAAUGUUUCGAUUUCAAUGGCAAAAAAGUUUCGGCUUUUCAACGAUGGGUGGAAUUCCUUCUAA